AUGGAAAGUGGGCCUGAAGGUGUCGGAAGUGGGAGUAGUGCAAAAGCAGUCUUGAAAACUCGGCCUCGUCGAGAGCAAAGAGCUUGUGACGCUUGCAGAAGAAGAAGACGUGCUUGCGACGGCACCAAAGUCCCCCUCAAAGCAUGCUCAACCUGUGUGGAAGGCAAAAUUCAGUGCACGUUUACAGGCGUCGCGAAGAAGCAGCCAAAAUAUGUUGAAGUUUUAGAGGCGCGGCUGGAAGCCAAUCAACAACUCCUCAAAAUACAGAAUGCCAACGGGUCCCAAAAGUCCAUCUCCACCAAUACCACGGCCAGCCCCUCGGCCUCGUCGCCAUCCAACUCAGAUGAACCCACAGAACCGCCUCCCCACGUCGUGAGCGGAUUAUCGGCACUGAUUGAGAUCGUUGCUACUCAAAUUCGCUCUACUUCUGUACCUGAUCCUCCCGAAACUACAACAGAGGAGCUCGUGAACAGACUCGGGGUCUUAGGUUCAAGCAGCCAUUGGCAUGGGACUCACUUCCGGAAUAACUCGAGUCGAUUGGCCUUGAUAGUUGCGGCCAUUGAACAACGAGAGCUUUAUGAAGGCAAGCCACUAGAGUGGAAGAAUCGACGAAGAAAAUACUGGGACCCCGCUCUGGCUCCGCAACGCCCUCUGUCUGCGCCAGACACAAUUCUGUCCUUCCCGCCGAUAGAUCUGAUGACUUCGCUUGCAUUUCUCUACUUCCGCCAUGCCAACAUCUACUACCCUGUCCUCCAUCAACCAUCCUUCAUCCGCAACAUGACCGAAGGAGUUCAUCUGCGAGAUCGAGGCGUUGGACUCUGUGUGAUGUUGGUGUGCGCUAUUGGUGCACGUUACUCUGACGACCCCCGUGUUUUAUACCCAGGCAGCGAAGAGGACGGCUUACGAGUGGGAAGACAAUAUUUUGAGCAAGUUUCUUUCGCAAUGGAACACCUCUUUCAAGAACCUACACUCCCACAGAUCCAGUUUUGCGCGUUAGCAACAAUGUAUCUCCAAUUCUCUGGCCCCUCUCAGUCUUGGACACUUCUUGCCAUGGGUAUCAAAAUCGCUCAGGAUCGGGGAGUGCAUCGGUGGGGGGCAAUGGCCGUGCCACCAACAGCUAUCUCUGAGCAGUGGAAGCGCUCAUUUUGGUGUCUUUAUUGUAUGGAUAGACAGGUCUCGUUCACCUUCGGAUCACCCCCAACGAUCGAAAGCUUUGACAUGGACACCGACUUUCCAUUUGAAUGCGAUGACGAACAAUGGCCUGGCGAACCGGGAGUCGACCCAAAGGCGGACCCAUUUACCCAACCGCCGAACAAGCCUACCUAUGUCACUUAUUUCAACCAGUUUUUGCGCCUCAAUCGACUGCAAGGCAUCGCACUGCGUGUUUUGUAUGGGCUCGAAAAAUGUCAAGCGCUCUUUGCCAUCCGUGACAGCCAAUGGCAGGAGAAGAUCGUUGCCGAACUCGACUCUGCACUGAAUGCCUGGAUUGCAACGACGCCGGAACAUCUGCGAUGGGAUAACUUUGCACAUCCAAAAGCUGACCCGAGUCCUGAGGAUGCCAUUUUCUUCGAGCAGUCAGCAAUGCUCCACGCAUCGUUCUAUUGUCUUCAAAUCUACGUCCACUGCCAAUACCUACCGAUGGUCAGGAAGCGCACCCGUGAUUCUGUCCAGACAUUGCCUUCGCUAGCAAUUUGCACCAAUGCAUCGCGGGCGACAAGCCGGAUUCUCCAUGUCCAGCGCGAGCGGAACAAAGGUCGACCGGUCCCAGAAGUCACCCCUUUCGCAUUUGCUGCCGGGCUCAUUCUGGUCAUCAAUGUCUGGAGUGCAAGCCACACAGCUGGACUCCCGCCACACAUGAACAGCACGAUAGAGCAGGUCCAGCAACUCAUCGAAGUCGUGCGGGUUUGUGAGGACAGAUGGCUAGUCGCAGGACUGUUCUAUGACAUUCUCUCUGAACUCGCCUCAGUGCCAGAGCCCCCAAAGGCGCUCUCGAAUAGUCCAACCGCGAUGCCCUCGAAGAAACGCGGCAGACACUCGUCGGAAGCCAGGACCACGGCUUCAGUGCCAACACCGUUCGGCCGGGAUGCGAUGACACACGCGAUGGCUGCUGGCCACAGCGCCAAACCCGCGACGAAUGAGGUGCACGAGUGGCUCUCGCAUUUCAAGGAAAUGACCGCGACCAGCCCGUUUGGGUUGCCGGACCGCGACGCGCCGAUGGCCCCCUGGGAGACCGACGAAGACGUUAUGGCCAUAUGGGGGGCGUCCUUGCCUACGGGAUUGAAUCUCGACGACUGGUCAAGCUACUUUAGCACAAUGUCCCAAUUCAACUCGACAGGGUAG